CCAGCAAGCCAGGGCCUGUCUGCAUCUCAGGAGAGGGGUCAGCAGGAGAAACUCUACAGCCAUGGGAGAGCCUGGGUCCAGAUCUUUUCCAAGCCCACCUGUUCUGGGGAAGCUCAAAAGAAGCAUGAUACCCUGGGCCUUACAGAAGAAACGAGAUAUCCAUGUGGCCAAGGCCCGUUGGAGACGAGCUGCCAGGGCUGCCCUCCCCAUGAGACUCUCUAGCUGUAUCUUCCAGAAGCCAGUGACAAGGAUCAGGUCUCAUCCUGACAACCAGGUCAGACACAAAAAAGGCGAGGAGCACCUGGAACUCUGUGCCUACCAGAGAAUGCAGGCCCUGCCCUCCUGCAGCAGCCAAGGAGAAGGUCCUUCAAGUCCACCGGAUUUGGACAGCAUCUUAAGUGUUCUUGCUCCAGGCAUGGCUGGGGAAUCUCUGGACAGAGCUGGUGCUGAGCUCACACACAGCCAGCCUGAGCCCACCCCUGGGCAGCUUCCAGCUGGGGCAGGGGCUCCCCAAGGAGUGGGUUGUCAGCUCCCACCGCCCCUCUCUGGCCAAUUGGUGACUCAUGCAGAUAUCCGGAGAUAGGCCAGGAAGGUGAAGAAAGCCAGGGAGAGACUGGCCAAGGCCUUGCAGACAGACAGGCUGGCCCGGGAGGCAGACAGAAAUGCUGAGGACGGUGACAGUCCUGGGUUUUAGGUCCCUAUCUUUUAAUGCCCAUCCUCUUUGCUACCAUGAAUUGUCAUACUUUCUCCUUCCCCGCCUGUUCUUUAUUAAAAGCAUUUAAAGGCCACA